CGGGAAAAAAGUGAUUCCGCUUACGUUAGCUAUACGACGGAACGAUUCACCGUUUUCGGCCGCUGCGAGCGUUCGGCGCUCUAAGUACGCGAAAUGCAAACGAUCUCGUGAUAGGCGCUGGUGGUUAUCGCUAAAGAUUUUGUCGGGCGGAAAAGUGAAGCAUCGCAAAGAAAACAGGUGUUCGUGGUUGCAUUACGGUGUUGCAGACGAGCGCAGUUGCCCCUCAAAAACCGGCUCAUCGGUGGCUGACGACGAGCGAAGGGGAAUCGAAAAAAAAGGAAACAACUCAUCUCCAGCAAACGACACACCACCAGUAAACUGUUCGUGGGUGUGUGCACGCGGGGACGAUAGUGUGCUUGCUAUCUGCGUGGGCUGCAGACGGUCGGGGCUGUGUGGUGUGGCGCCGCUAUCGAAGUAAUACGAUAAUCUAUAAUGACAACGAGGCACACGACUGUCGCCGGCAAAAUGAGCAAACUUGCUGUAAUGUUCGUUCCGGUCGUCGUCUUUCUGAUGGCGGUGGGACUGUCGGAAGCGUUCUACUUGCCCGGUUUGGCACCGGUUAAUUACUGCCGCAAGUCGGAUGUGCAAAAGUCCUGCAUGUCGGAGGUGGUGCUGUACGUCAAUCGACUCAACACGGAAGAAUCGGUGAUCCCGUACGAGUACCAUCACUUCGAUUUCUGUCCCAUCGACGAAACGAACUCACCGGUAGAGAACCUCGGUCAGGUGGUGUUUGGUGAGCGAAUCCGGCCGGGCCCGUACAAGAUUCAGUUCCUUGACGACGUUAAGUGUGCGAAAGCGUGCGUGAAGCAUUAUAAGGGUGGCGAUCCCGACAGCGACCACCGGCUGAUGGUGCUGAAGAAGGGCAUGAGCCUGAACUAUCAGCACCAUUGGAUCGUCGAUAACAUGCCCGUCACGUGGUGCUAUCCGCUCGAGAAUGAACGCCAAUACUGCAGCACCGGGUUCCCGAUGGGUUGUCUCGUCCGUCGUCACCCGGAUGGCGAGGAGGGUUGCGUCACGAACCCGAAUUAUGGCCGCGCCGGUUACUACUACCCGUUCAAUCACGUUGACCUGACCAUCACGUACCACAGUGGGGCCACCGAGGAGUGGGGUGUCGCGUUCAAGCAAAACGGUGGGCGCAUCAUUUCAGUGAAAGUCGUACCGUCGUCUAUUAAUCACAAAGACCCGAACGAUUUGAACUGCGACAGCAAGGACCCGAUCGAGAUUCAAUCGAGCGCUCUACCGAACGGCCAAACGCUUGAUAUCGUGUACACGUACUCGGUGCAUUUCACGCAAAACAACAAAAUCAAAUGGUCAUCGCGGUGGGACUACAUUCUCGAAUCGAUGCCGCACACCAACAUCCAGUGGUUCAGCAUACUGAACUCGCUCGUAAUCGUCCUAUUCCUGUCCGGUAUGGUUGCGAUGAUUAUGCUCCGUACGCUGCACAAGGACAUCGCGCGUUACAACCAGAUGGAUUCCGGCGAGGACGCCCAGGAGGAGUUCGGCUGGAAGCUGGUGCACGGGGACGUGUUCCGGCCGCCACGCAAGGGCAUGUUACUGUCCGUGUUCCUUGGCUCGGGCAUCCAGGUGUUCUGUAUGACGCUGGUUACGCUGGCAUUCGCUUGCCUAGGAUUCCUGUCGCCCGCGAAUCGAGGCGCACUCAUGACAUGUGCGAUGGUUUUGUUUGUUCUGCUCGGAACACCGGCCGGAUACGUUUCAGCUCGCAUCUACAAGAGCUUCGGUGGAAUCAAGUGGAAGAGUAACGUGCUGCUUACGUCCAUGUUGUGUCCAGGGGUCGUUUUUGGGCUCUUCUUCGUGAUGAAUCUGAUUCUGUGGAGCAAGGGAAGCUCGGGUGCAGUACCUUUUUCGACUCUGAUCGCCCUACUGGCGCUAUGGUUUGGAGUUUCCGUACCGCUUACCUUCGUCGGUGCUUACUUCGGUUUCCGGAAGAGGUCAUUGGAGCACCCGGUUAGAACGAAUCAGAUCCCGCGCCAGAUUCCAGAUCAAUCGAUCUACACCCAACCGAUUCCGGGCAUCAUCAUGGGAGGCGUGCUGCCAUUUGGUUGCAUCUUCAUCCAGCUGUUCUUCAUCCUAAACUCGCUCUGGUCGAGCCAGAUGUACUACAUGUUCGGUUUCCUGUUUUUGGUGUUUCUCAUCCUCGUGAUCACAUGCUCCGAGACGACGAUCUUGCUGUGCUACUUCCACCUAUGCGCCGAAGACUACCACUGGUGGUGGCGAUCGUUUUUGACGUCCGGCUUUACCGCGGUUUACCUUUUCGUGUACUGUUGCCACUACUUCGCGACGAAGCUGCAGAUCGAGGACACCGCGUCCACCUUCCUGUACUUUGGCUACACGCUGAUCAUGGUGUUUCUGUUCUUUUUGCUAACCGGAGCGAUAGGAUUCUUCGCUUGCUUCUGGUUCAUUCGCAAAAUUUACAGUGUAGUCAAGGUGGAUUAAAACCACGCCAUGCGCCUCCACCGGGAACACGUGGCUUUAUGGGGCUUAUUUCGGUUGGAUUCGUUCGGCGUGCUGCAUUGCUCAGCCACCCAUUUAUUUUUGCCUUUUUGAUAAGUAUGUCGUCUAUCAGUAUACCAGUAUCCCAUUCCUUUUCGCUGUGGAGCUGAGUUGAUCGUGUCUCUUUGCGAGAAACAAAACAUAUACUAGAAUGCAAAUGUGUUUCUCCAUAAGUUUUGGUAUGGCUCUACCAUCUUUGAGGGAUGGACCAAAUAGUGAGGAUCUUUCCGUUCUAGAAGCGCGAUAACCGGCGCAGAAAGAGCGGAAUACCGACAAUACAACACAUGCGCGAAACACCUUUUAACGUAACAAUUAUUUCACAUUGGUAGUAGUUCUUUCUCGCAAUCGAGUGUCUAAUCAAUCGACCAGUGGGAAAUGAAUGCUAAAAGGCACGGCUGUCAAUCGUUUAGGUGGUGGAAUUUAUUCCACUUUAUUGUUUACCAUGUCGGACGCAGACCCCUUUCAUUAGCUUAGUAAAAACAAAACGAAAGUGUGCGGUACCAAACGGUGUAACGUUCUACUGCGCUAAACUAGCAUUGUGUCUCUUGGUAGCGCGUUGUGCAUGCCGUUCUGGAACGUGCUGGUUGAAGAAUGGUUUGCCGCGAAAAGGACCUUACCGUCCUCAGUGUCAUUAUGGCUCGUGCUCCAGUUCGGUUACACCGGUUUUGAAAGCGAGAGCACAGGUAAUGCUGAUCGAGCGGCAACCACAACUUUUAAGAUCGAAAACGUAGUUUGUCCACAGCACACAACACUUAAGUGUAACUUUUUCCUUCUUUCCAAAAACUAGGUUAGUCGUGACAGAUCGUAACGGGAUAGUAAACGCGUUUUGGGGUGCAAGAAGAGUAUUAGAGAAUUUUUGAGGGCGUGGAAGGGGUAAUGAUAUAAAAGAACAUCAUCGAUAUUUCGAUCGAUCGAUUGUUCAUCUGGUUAUAACAUCCUUAUUUGUCGCUGUGUAAAUUAUUAACUAGAAUUAUUAUUUGCCUUCUUCCUUGCAAACAAAACAGCAGACCACAUACCCACGCAGUACAUGGGUGAGAAAAGGGUUUAGAAUACAACUAACUGGAAACAUUGUGCACUGAAGAUCGUUCGGAAGAUCGCGAGAGUGACACGCGCGCAAUAGUUCGCGUACGAUGGAGCGGUGAUCCGAUUUUGCAUCUCAACCGUAAGUGAACCGUAGAGCGAUGUGAUGAAACAGUAAACUUAAAAAUGGAAGAGCAUGCAUAAUAAAAAUAAUAAUUAUAAUGAAUACUAUCGAUUACAAUAAAACUCUCGUUUCG